AUGGCUUCAAUCCAAUCCAGGCCUAAAGUACUCUUGUUCGACAUUGGCGGCGUCUGCGUAGUAUCCCCCUUCCAAGCAAUCCUGGACUACGAGAUCCAGCACGGCAUCCCCCCGGGCUACAUCAACUACAGCAUCCGCGCCCUCACGCCCAAUGGCGCCUGGCACAAGCUCGAGCGCGGCGAGAUUCCCAACGACGCGACCUACUUCCGCCUGUUCAAAGCCGACCUGGAGCGACCGGACCUGUGGGCGAGAUUCCACGCGGAAAAGCUGCACGUCUCGGACCCGCCGCCCGUGCCGGCCAUCGACGCCGAGACGCUGUACUGGAACAUGAUGGGAAACUCGCGCAAACCGGAUCCAUGGAUGUACCCGGCGCUGUUGAAGCUGAAGGCCCACGGCUGGGGACUGGCGGCCCUGUCGAACACGACCGUGUUUCCCGAGGGCCAUCCGUUCAACGAACCCGGCCCGGAAGACGUCAAGGGUGUGUUCGAGCUGUUUGUGUCGAGCGCGCACGUCGGCAUGCGGAAGCCGAACCGCGACAUCUACGAAUACACGUUGAAGUUGAUCCGCGAGAGGUGGGGCCAGGAUAUCCGCGCCGAGGAUGUCGUCUUCUUCGACGACAUCGGGGAGAACCUGAAGACCGCCAAGUCGCUGGGCAUUCGGACCGUGAGGGUCGUGCUGGGGAAGACCAAGGACGCCGUGAGGGAACUCGAGCGGUUGACUGGGCUGGAGCUGGUCGGGGAGCCGUGGGUGAGUAAGGCGAAGUUAUGA